AUGGCACCUAUCACUAUCCAGUGCCUGUUGUUUUUAGAAAAUGAUCACAACCUCGGCCCUCUCGAGCCCAUAGUCCAAUGGACCAAAGUGACAUCCCCAUCUGUACCAACCCCUUGGAAGACAAACCUCCAGUCAAUGGAUUGGAAGCAGUUCCAAGAUGGCGCCUUAAUAUUCUUAUCCCGCUCCACUGCCUACCUCCUUCCGGCGAUGCAAUACGCCAACAUAGGGAAGACGAUCAGCUGGUUUGCAUCUAUUGGCAACCACCCUAAAUACCGAUCCCCUCAUGGCAUUCGACUCAAAGGGCAACUCAACUACUUGGCCUUUGGUGCCGCGGCACGUGCAGCUUACCCAGCCGAGUAUGAGUGGCGCUUGACCAAAAUUCGUGGAAAUGGCGCGAUUACUGCUUUUCAAUUGACUGAACUCCUCUCGCAAUCCACCAAGAGUAAUGAAUCAACCGUGACACGUGAUGCAGAAGAAUUGUCGAGCUCCGACAGCGGAUCCGACUACCCAUUGGCUCUCACCGACCGACAUGUCUCCAAGCAUCAGCGAUACAAUAAGAAUUCUACCCUCAGCCUCACUGGAAGCAGCGAUCAGGAGAUUGUCGGGCUCCCCAAACGAUUAUUUCUCCCAGAUAUUCAAGCCGACGUUGUAUCUAACCCACAAAUCAACGCCAAAGUCCCCAGAACUCCUAUGGCUCCACCUCGAAGGGACAUGGAUGAUAUCUCAAUGGAGAAUUACUUGGAUGUUGCCAAAGUCCCCAAGGAAGACAUGCGCACCCGCGAACGACUCAUGGACCAUGGGAUCACCCACUGGUCCUUCUUCCGAAGCUGUGAUGAGGACGACUUGAAGGCUCUUGGCUUCUUGGCUGGGGUGGCCCGCUUGCUUUGGGAAGGUGUCCCGCGCUUACAUGAAUACUGUGAUGGCCUUGAGGAAAACGAUUUCAUCACGUCACAGGGCAACCAUUUCAUCACGUCACCCACGCCAAGCCCCGCCGGACCAUCACACACGAAGUAA